CUCAAUCAUUUUUAAGAACGUAAAGGGGUCCUGAGACCAAAAUGUUUGAGAACCACUGCACUAGAUUAUCUUGAGUUUAAAUCAUAUCACAAAAUGUAUGACCAUAGUUUUAAUAUAUAUGUAGUGAACAUUUCUGUUUAAUAUACAGUACAUACAAAAUACACCUUCCUCAUACAGUACUUAAACUUUGGAUAAAACUCCACGGCAUUUCUGCUAUACCCCAAAUCAUCGGUUUGGAUUAUUUUUAAGGUGCAAAAACUGCAUAUUACCUGUAUCCACUAUCUUUUGUUCAGUGUGACUUUCAAGUGUGCCUUUUGGUGACAUCUCAUGCACAGUGCUAAGUCUUCAAAUUGCCAAUAAGGAGACUAUGUGGCCUAAUAUUGGAUCUCCUCUUGACAUUUAUCUGAUUAGAUAUGAAAUUGACAUUUGUUUCAUCUGUUUAAGGGCCGAGUGUUAGAAAAUAUUUCUAAAAGGUGUGGUGGGUUCCUGAGACAAUUAAGUCAAAGAAAUUGUCUUGGGGUUGGAGAUUCUCUUACUUACUUUGAAAACCUUUGCACAGAACUAUAGUAACAUUGAAUAUUUGACCCUCAAUGGAUACACACAAAUUAUGGAUAGCACAUUUUACAGCCUUAGUAAAUUCUGUCCCAGGCUACAACAACUGGAUCUAACAUUUUGUGUGUCUAUCACAAACAAUUCUUUGAGGAGUCUAAGUGAGGGAUGUGAAAACCUGAAAUUCUUGAACCUUUCCUAGUGUGAUCAAAUUUCGAAAGAUGUUGUUGAAGUAUUGGUGAAAGGCUGUAAUGGACUAAAGGCACUGUUGCCUAGAGGAUUUACACAGCUAGUAGAUGAAGCUCUUCAUCACAUUGAAAUGCACUGCCAUGAACUUGUUACCUUAAACCUACAGUCAUGUACCAAAAUAUCAGAUGAAGGCAUAAACAGUAUCUGUAGAGGAUACCACCUUCAAUCACUUUGUGUUUCUGGUUGUACAAACCUUACAGGUGCUUCUCUUGGUCUGAAUUGUCCAAGUCUCAAGAAUCUGGAAGUUGCACAAUGUUCCCAUCUUACAGAUGUUGGUUUUACUCUUCUAGCGCAGAGUUGCCACAAACUGGAAAAGAUGGACCUAGAAGAAUGUGUUCUGAUUGAAGACAACACAUUGAUACAGGUUUCCAUUCAUUGCCUUAAACUGCAAGUAUUGAGCUUGUCGCACUGUGAGCUGAUCACAGAUGAUGGUAUUCUGCAUCUGAGCAACAGCACAUGUGGACAUGAAAUGCUCCAGAUACUGGAGCUGGACAACUGUCCUAUCACAGAUGUGACUCUAGAACAUCUUGAGAAUUGCCACAACUUAGAGAGAAUUGAGUUAUACAACUGUCAGCAAGUCACCUGUUCAGGCAUCAAAAGAAUAAAAGUUCACCUACCUAAUGUGAAAGUUCACGCUUGCUUUGCUCCAGUAACACCACCUCCUUCUGCAGGAGGCAGUCGACAGCAACUCUGCCACUGCUGCAUUAUCCUUUAAGAGUCAAGCAGAUGCCUGUGAAGAUAUUCCUUCGAUUUUGGGAAAAUGUGAAAGUCAUGUGGCCCCAAGUCUGGACUAUAUGGCGGAUGGGUAAGAUGGUGAGAUCCAGUUUCAUCGCUGCCUCUUGAGUGGCUCUUGAGGUACAAGGUCUAGCAUUGUCAAAUUACUGAAAUAUUUCCUUGGGCUUCCAAACGCUGCUUAAUCAUUAUUUCAAAGUUUUGAGUGUUACAGGUUCAAGCAAAUCUAUGUGAAUAACACAAUCUGUGCAGCAAAAAAACUAGUCAUGAGUUUUCCUGCUGAAGUCUGAAUUUUUUAUUUUUUGUAGGUGAAGUUUUGUGAUGGUAUUCCAUGGACUGACACUUUUUUCCUGGUCCAUAAUGACAAACUCACAUUUCAUUGGCUGUCACGAUGUUGUGAAUAAAUUCUCCUUCAUUCUUAUAGCACCUCAACUAAUUUGCUGGCAAAUUUCAAGUCUUGAACUUUUCAUUUCUGCUGUCAGCGUGUGAAGAAACCAUCUUGCACAAACGUUCCAGUACUGAAGACCAAUAGUAAAGUUAUUGAUGUGUUCCUGUGAAAUGCCAAACUUGAUAGCAGUUUCCCUCAGAGCGAUCUGCCAAUUGUUCUUAAUUCAACACUCAUGUUAACAUACAAUACUCAUAUCAGUCAUCACCACAAACAACAGUGGUGAGUUUCAGUUGGGGGGACUCAUGUAAGCAAUUAAGAUUCAAUUAUAGUGUACUUAAAUCACACUGGUAAGUACUCACAAUAGGCUUCCAUUUCACAAACAAUACAUCCUUUUCUCAUAGCAGCUUUCUACUCACCCGUGACAGAACAAACACUAAAGAACAUGUCAGAGCUUCUUGUGCAUCAGUACUGCCAUCUGUUGGCAUUUACAACAUUGGAGGCAUUGCAGGUAGCCUUCGAUUUAUGAGCACAAUAGGAGCCGGGAAAUUCAUCAAGUGGUACAGUCAGUAAAUGAGGGAUCAUGUGACUGCACCAGAAUUCUCGACCUUUUUUGCUGUGGUUAUUAAGCAAGGCAUCACGCGAUCGCCAUU